CGCCGCUGUUUCCCUCCGGACUGUGUUCACAAUGGGACGCUGGUUUGUUUGGUUCGCGGCGGCUCCGGAGCGUCACUUAGGGUCAUUUAUUUUGCUUUUUGUCGGUUAAGUCAAUCUUUAUCUUCCCGAUGAGCGGGGAACAUGGCUGAAGACGAGCUUGCUGCCUUCAGAGAAAACUGGAAGCGAGAGUUGACGACGAAGAACGAGCAGCGACUGCAAAGUCCAGCGACGACAAACAGAUACUUCGAAAAAGAUCACGAUAAAGUUCGAGAUGAAGAACCGUCCAGAUCCGAGCCUGAGUGUGAAGAGGACCAACCGGAGUAUAUCUCCAUUGCUCGGAGCCUCCUGGACGGGAGGACCAGUCCUCUGCGGGACCGGAUCGAGGAGGACCGGACCAGGAGGAAGAGAGAGUUCUACAGCUCCGGUGACGUCUGCGCCUCCUCUCCACAGCCUCCUCAGAGGAAGAUGAAGAUGAAGAAGGUGGAGCUGGUGGAUCAACUCAUCCAGGAUCUGAAUGAAGUCAACAACAUUCCAUUCUUUGACGUCCAACUGCCCUAUGAGCUUGCGCUGCAGAUCUUCCAGCACCUCACCUGCGCUGAGCUCGGCCGCUGUGCCCAGGUGAGUCGGGACUGGAAGCAUCUGGCAGAAGACGACUCUCUGUGGUUCCCCAUGUGUCUGGAUGAGGGGUUCCACAAGGGCGCCCGGAUGUCCGACUCCCCCUGCUGGAAGAGCACGCUGAGAGACUGCCGGGCCUCGGCCACGAUGCUGCGCCGCAACUGGAAGACGCGAGAUGGGUCCAUCGUCCAGCUGAACUUUGACCUCGGGAAGGUCCUGUGUGACGUCGCCUCCUGUGGAAACCUGGUGAUGUCUGGCUAUUCGUCCGGACACGUGCGACUGUGGGACACGCUGCACUGGGACGCUUCCUUCAUCAAAGUCAAUCAGCUGUCGGCAAACACGAUCCCUCGACCUCCAGUGACCCGAGUCCAGGUCAGCCAGAUGCUGGCUGCGGCUGCCUACGAAGACGGGUGCGUGGACGUGUGGAGCACAGAGACGGGGGGUGACCCCAUCCACCACUAUCAGACUCCUGGGCGACUGCAGGCUCUGUCCCUCAGUCCCGACAGUCCAGUCCUGGUCUCCGCUGUCGGAACCGAGGUCAGAGUAGACCGGGCCGACGAGCAUGGUUACUGGAGACCACUCUGUCUGAGGCAGCUUCCAAAAACCGUGGAGAGUCUGGUGGCGCUGCCCAGCAGAGGGCGACAGAGUCCACUUGUGGCCUUGUCAGCAGGAGAGUCAGUGUUCCUGCUGGACCCUCAGGACGAGGAACCGAGGACCCUGCACUCGGUCUAUGGGCAUCCUGUGACCUGCCUCGACACCUGCAGCUCUCGUGUGGCGUUUGGUGUGAAGCGGACUGGCUGGGCCAUGCACGACGGUGGCAACAAGAUCCACGUUCACAGCCUGGAGUCGGCCAAACUGGAGCUGUGUGUCGGGAGCUCGGCAGGAGAUUUCACAUGCAUCAACCUGAGAGACGCAGCGCCGGAGCUGCUGGCGUGCGGCAACAGAGACCGGAGGGUCCGGGUGUUCGACCUGCGGGCCGGUUCCCCGGUGGUCUCGCUGUACGCCCACCAGCUGGGCGUGACGGCGGUCCAGACGGACGACUGGAAGCUGGUGAGCGGCGGAGGGGAGGGGCUGGUGUGUGUGUGGGACCUGAGGAUGAAGGCCAAGCUUUGGGAGAGCUACAACAGACACCCGGUGCGACACGUGCGCUUCAGCAGCAGCAGCAUGGUCACCGCCAACAUCCCUGACGACAAGUCUCCUCGAGGAGCCUGCAUCACUGACGAUGACCUCACCGCACACCGCAGACACCGAGGCGUCAUCUGCUACUACGACUUCCAGGACCAGCAGGCGCCGCAGGAACACGUGCUGCCCAUCUGCAGAUCCGACUACACCGAGUCUCACGGCUACAACUACAACAUCGGACUGACGGUGCCGUACGACCGGCUCCCGGCCACAUGAAGCGGCCGCUGAAGUGCUUCCAGCAGGUCCAUGGAGUCACCGCUCUCGAGUCAUGUGAACUCAUCUGUUUUUGUACGGUUUAUUGAACGACUGUCACGUCUUCAAAACUCUACUUUGAUUACACACACACACACAAACACAAACACAAGCACACACACUAAUCAUGGAGAGAAAAAUCUGUGAGUCAGUUCAGGAUCACGACAUGAAUGUGUGGAGGCCUAGAGGACCAGACACGCUCAGUACAAUGUGGAAGGUCGCGGGGGCAGCUGCUGCAGUGAAGAGGUCCAAAUGUUUUGGUGGUACAUUAUCCUGCGCUGACUCUGAAUCUGACAAUGUGCUGCUGAAUGACAGCGAUGCAAUUGAUGCACAGUGCGAGUCUUUGGCAGGAAGUCUGGAUCUGAGUCAGGGGGGGUCAGGCGGGUCGGGCUUUUUUGCCGGAGCAAGGCAGAGCACAGUCUGCUGCAUUUCCAUUCCACUCGUCCUCCGAGCUGCCGAGCAGUUGGUGGAAAAGCCAGCUCCGGUCAGGAGGAAGCGGCUUGAAACACCAGUUUCCUCACAGAGAGCCAGGGGGAGCAGAGGAAGAGCGAAGUGCACUGAAUGCAGCAUGUAAUGACAGAUGUUCUAAAUAAAAGUUUAGUCAUCACAAGAGGACUUCUGUGUAUGUUGCUCGAAGAUACCAGAGUUGCCACCUAAUGACCACUGCGCUGAGUCUCUCCUGGAUGACUGAGCCUCUCACUCUCUCAAGAGAGUCCAGGCAGGGAAGCUCUUGUUCUGUGAAUCACUCCUGAGCUGGUGAUGCCAAGUGAGGGGAGAAACCCAGCUCCUGCCUCAGCUCCUUCUUCAGCUCGGAGACCUUCCCUGACUCCUCAACAAAAGUUUGAGGCACUUCACCUCCUCCACCUUCAGAUCUCAACUCCAGCCUGGACAGGAUGUGGGGCCCUGAUCUCAGACUCAGAGGACCUGAUCCUCAUUGUGUGAGGUUUCCAGGAUCCAGACCUCCUUCUGAAUCUGAGGUACAACGAUGGGACGGAGCUCUCGGUGAGAAGGCGUCAGCGCCUUGGGGAGGAUGUGAUCCCGGUUUGUUAGUUGAUUUCUGAGAGGUUGAUUUGAGUUUACAGUUUCACAUUUGAGGAACCGACCUCCCAGGCCUUCCAGGACUUGGAUCACAGAAUCAAGAGUUGCGUGUUAAUAACGCUAACAAUGAUUAAAGCUAGAUUAAACGGAGGUCUGCGGUUCGCCCCGAACAUCCGAGCAAGUCACCGGAACAUCUUUGGUGCCUUCAAGAAGUGGCCUUCCCGCAGCGCAUGGUGGUGUCCAUGUCCAGGAAGCGGAUGUGCAUCCUCGUCUCCAUCUCAAGACCUUUGAGGAUCUGUCCAGGAGGACACUGUUAACUGAUCCGGAGCGUCGCCAGGUUUCGCGGUCGGAUACUCACCUCCUCAAAGUGUUCGAACGUGAUUCCUUCAUAGAAGUCGUCGGGCGCCUGAAACCACGGCGUGUUAAUGAGCUGAAAAGCAACAGGAACUUUGGCGUGUCGGUCGUGUCACCAUGUGAGGGACGUUGGUGCUGGCCACCUCCAGCAUGGCGGCGUCGGCGAUGGCCUUCACGGUUUCCUCCCCGAUGGAUCCGCUCUUGGACAGGAGCUCCUCCACCACCUGGAACCACAGACGGGUCUGUUGUUGUCCUCGUGGUGUCGCUUCUCUCUGGGACUUUCUUCCACUUUGUUUUGGUUGAUUUGGUGAUCCUGGUUUCUGAUUGUCGAUUUUGCACUGGGCAUGGCUCUUUUUUUUUUCUUAUUUGGGAUUUGCAUAUGUUGAUCUGGGGUGGAGGUAGAUUUUGCCCCACCCUUCUUUUUUGUUUGUUUUGCUCAGUGUGAUUUCUUUUUUCUUGGGUGAGUGAGCGGGAGGUUGCAUUGUUUUUGUUCUGGAGUCUGCUAUUGUUUUUCUAUUCUCUGUUGGCUGCACCAUUGUUUCUUGCUGUCAGACUCCAUCAUCAUCAUUAUUGUGAUUACUAUUGUUAUUACUAUUAUGUUUAUUUUUUGUUCUGGUCAUGUGAUUGGCUUGUUUUGUGUUUCUCUUAGUGUUAUUUGUCUGCACUGUGUUGUUCAGGGCCGCCAGCAGGCCUGUGUUGAGCCACAGUUGUGCUUCUGCUUUUGUGUAUUUUGCAACUCCUCUACUUUCAGUUUUGAUUUUAGAAGCUGGUUGUGCUCUUGACUUGACCACUCGCCCUCCCCUGACCCCCAGUCAUGAUCCCUGCAGCUCACCUUCCUGUACUCAGCCAGAGUGAUGGUGCCAUCGUUGUCGGUGUCGUGCAUGUUGAACAGAACUGAGGAGAGAAACACGAACAUCAGCAGGUUGUAUUUGACCAACCGUCCGUCCACUCUCUGAUGGACGUUCCUGCGCCAGAUGAUGGGAUCCCAGCUGCUCCACUCUGAGUCUUGUGAAUCGUCAGAGCUUCGGCGUGGUGCUGUCCACGCCUGGCGACGACCGCCAUGUAGACUCAUACAGUAAUCCAGACACACCCAGGUGUCGACAGCAGUCACUUGUUUGUCUGGACUCACCUGAGUUUACCUCGGCGUGCUGCGAUCAACAGCAACAGUAGUACAAAUACUGCAGAGUAGUACAACUUCACAGUGCUCCCCUUGAGCAGGUAGAAGUCAGUGGAGUAAAACGAUUAGAGGUAACUAUAGUAGGUGCAGUAGUGAUGGUGUCCAUAACAGCAAGUAUUUGUAACUGUUUUUAGUGGUACUAUUAGUAGCAGUGGCAGGUUUGCUUGUACUAUUAGCAUCUCAGAAGUAGUAGUAUCAUAGGCAGCAUUGGCAUAGUACAUAUGUCAGCAGUAUUAGUUUGCAGUAGAAAUAUUAGCAGAAGUCAUGUCGAUCUGUUAGCAGCACUGUUGGUAGUUGUAGUAUUAGUGUGAUUAUCGAUGGUUGAUUUAAGGUUAGUGUCCGUACUUGUACUGUACUGCAGGUAUCUAGAUACAGUUGUAGAGAUUGUAGUAUGAUCAGAAUUCUUUGGUACUACUACAUAGCAGAAGUACUGCAGUACCAAUAGUGUUAGUCGUCGCGAGUCCUAGCUUAGUGGAUGUAGUACUGAUCUAAGAAGUAGUAGUAUUUGUGGCGAUGGGAGUACUCAGUGAGGAUACUGUGACUCACAGCGCAGCUUCUCCCUCCUCAUGGCCUCCCGCUCCUCUUCUGUGGUUCUGAGGGUCGGAGGUCGGAAGUGUGACAUCACCAUGAUGAACUGCUCGAAGCCAAUCUCCUGCAGAGAGCCCACGUCCCCCUGGUGCUGGUUCCUGGUACACACACACACACACACAGACAUGAGAUAUCUUGGUGUGUUUGAACAAAGUAUUUCUUUUGUUUUUGCACAAAUACAGCUGAUGUAACCGGAGUCACAUGAGCGGCCUGUGUACACAAACUCCCUCAGCUCUCACACAUGUAGUAUUCAUUGUAGUAAGUAGACACACAAUACUGUAGGAGAGGACUAAGUACUGAGAAGUACCAGGAGUAGUUUUGUGAUGUUAUCAAAGUCAGUAAGUGGUGUAUGUAGUUUUAGGAGUAUUGGUCUUGCAGUGGUGCUAAUAGUUGAGGACUGAGGAUGGAGCUGUUCCAUCGUCGGCUGAAGCUAGUAGCCGCAGCAGCAGUACUCCUGGGGUGUACCUCUUGUCAAAGAAGGCUUGGAUGAUCUGCUUCUUGAUGGGGUUG